AUGAAUAAUCAAGUUUCCGGCAAUCAGAGCAAGAUGAUGGACUUGAGAGUCGGAAAGAAAUACCGUAUCGGCCGCAAGAUCGGCCUGGGUUCCUUCGGUGACAUAUAUUUGGGCACCAACAUCAUAUCAGGUGAAGAAGUGGCGAUCAAGUUAGAAAACGUCAAGGCAAAGCAUCCCCAAUUAGAGUACGAGGCCAAAGUGUACAAGGCUUUGUCUGGGGGUGUUGGAAUUCCAUUUGUCAGAUGGUAUGGCACGGAGUGCGAUUAUAACGCCAUGGUGAUUGACUUGUUGGGUCCUUCAUUAGAGGACCUCUUCAACUACUGCAAUAGAAAAUUCACUUACAAGACCGUUUUGCUAUUGGCUGACCAGCUCAUUUGCAGAAUAGAGUAUAUCCACGCUAGAUGCUUCAUUCACAGAGAUAUCAAGCCAGAUAAUUUCUUGAUGGGUAUUGGUCGUCGUGGCUCCCAGGUCAAUGUCAUUGACUUUGGUCUUGCAAAGAAAUAUAGAGAUCCGAGAACACACCUUCACAUUCCUUACAGAGAAAACAAGAAUUUGACGGGCACUGCAAGAUAUGCUUCUGUUAACACUCACUUGGGGAUAGAGCAAUCGAGAAGAGAUGACUUGGAGAGCUUGGGGUACGUUCUUAUAUACUUCUGCAGAGGUUCUUUGCCAUGGCAAGGGUUGAAGGCGGCAACCAAAAGACAGAAGUAUGACAGAAUCAUGGAGAAAAAAAUGACAAUUUCUAACGACGUCUUGACCAAGGGUCUUCCAGCAGAAUUCUUGGAAUAUAUGAGAUACAUCAAGAACUUAAGGUUCGAUGAUAAGCCUGACUACCCUUAUUUGAGAAAGUUGUUUAGAGAUUUGUUCAAGAGAGAGAAUUAUAGAUACGACUACGUGUUUGACUGGACUCUUUACAAGUUUCAGCAAGAAAGACAGCGGGAACAGUUCAAAAUCGCUGACGGUCAAAAUGAAAACCAGCAGCAACAACAACAACAACAACAACAACAACAACAACAACAACAACAACAACAACAACAACAACAACAGCAACAACAACAGCAACAACAACAACGCCAACAACAGCAGCAUCAAACUAAUAACGUACCACAACAACUUCCAGCACAGGCUCUGCCAAUUCAAAGGCAAGUGCCAUCAUCAUCUCUUCCCCAACAGUCAAUUCCCCAAAUGACAGCUAGCCAACAAAAGGCACUUAAUGAAGCAGGAAAGAUGCAGCAGAUGCGCUCGCUGUCGCAGUUGCAUAGUGGGCGUUUUGGAGAAGGAGUAAGUGCGCCAGCGUAUGACCAAGGGGAGGGACAGAGUGGUUCUAGAUCAAACAACAACCCAGCUUGGCUUUAA